CAAACCUCCAAACACGAACCCCUUGGACGAAGUACAAGGGACAAGAAAAGAAAUCAGCGCACGAUGGCUGCACCCGAGCUUGAGACCUACCCUAUCGGCAGCCGCAAAGAAUGCGAGCGCCUGGUGCGAGAUUGGGGGUUUAACCAUGUCUUCACCUGGUCAGAUGGGAGCAAUGCGCACUACCCGCCUCAUUCGCACGCUGGAUUGACGACACAUCUGAUCCGCCAAGGGAGUCUGACCAUCACGUAUCCCGAGGAUAAUGCUGCGAUCCAUGGAGGAGAGGUCAAGAAGGAGACGUGCGGCGUGGGCGCGAGGUUGGAUGUGCCGGCAGGAAAAUUACAUGAGGUGUGGAUUGGUCCAGAGGGAUGUGAGUACGUUAUUGGAGAAUGAAAAGUGAAAGUGAAAGCCAUGUUCUACCCUAUCGAUCGUCUUUUGCAACUUGCGACAACCUGCCACCGACCCGUCGUGUCGGGAGUCACACCGUGAUUCUUUCACCGCUACUUUGCUACUUUGCGUGCACCCCCUGCUGGCAUGACCUCUACACAGAACUGUCGAGGAAUGAGUAAAAUUUCAGCAGAACAGACAAGGAGAGAUCUUCUGGCUGGAUCAUAUGCAGCAGACAGAUCGAUCUGGGCAGUCUCCCUGCUGGAAAGACAAGGCUGAAGAAAGCGUCAGUGCUGAAAUGCCCCGCACCCGCACUCGAAAGGUAUUGUAUUGCCUUUCUGGACAGGCAGCCUUGCAGCACUCCAGAUGCCUGAUUUUCUGCUUCUUUUGCUAAUUCGGUUUGUUGGUCAAAGUAGACAUCAUCAUCAUAGUCAUAGCAUAGUUCAUCCUCAAAAAACUUGGGUCGAAAAAAAAAAAGAAAAAAGC